AUGUGAUGGCUCCGACACACCUCAAUCCAUCAGUGGAACACAAAGGCCUCAUUGCUGUGCUAUAAAGCCGGCUGUCUAGCGCUGCCACAGUUCGGCGCAUUCGACUCUCCAAACAGCUUUGAAGCGACUUUCCUCGUACUACCACAGCUAACGACAGCGCGAUCGAUAAUGAGGUGGUCGGUGACAUUUCUCACAAUCGCUGUGCUUUGCGGCUUACUCUGCGCAAGGGCUGAGGCGAAGACGUACGACGAGUUUCGGAAGGACAUUUUGGCGGUGAAGAAGGACGCACUAUCACCACCAUGCAAGAAAGUUUUCGCAAAAUGUGCCCCUAGGCUGUUCAGCCUGCUGCCUCUUCUACCGCAACUAAAGAAGAACUGGGACACCUUUCAGAAUUUGCCAUGCGUGAAAGAGGCGUUCGCUGAGGGCUUCCCAAAUUACGCCUGGCCAUGCACAAAGGGAGGAAAGUACGAGAAGGCUAUAAACUGCUUGUUGUCUGCGGAUGUCACGAAAUUCUUCGGGCCAUCUGAAGCAAGAAUGAAGACGGCAACCCAAUGCCUCCUAGACAAUGUGUGACGAGUACGCGGCAAGCAGAAUGCCAAAAGCACCACGCUCGGCGGUAUCCUACUUUCCGGCGGCGAAGUUGUAGUUCGAGUUCUGACCUUGCUCGCACAUCGCUCAAUAAAUAUCUACGACU